AUGGCACGACCUAUUGUACCUAGUCAACAAAAGUUAGCAGAAAAGCUAACUAUUUUAAAUGACAGAGGUAUUGGAAUGUUAACUCGCAUUUAUAACAUAAAAAAGGCAUGUGGUGAUGCAAAAUCAAAGCCUGGAUUUCUUUCGGAUAAAAGUUUAGAAUCUUCUAUCAAAAUGAUUGUUAGAAAAUUUCCUAAUAUUGAUGUUAAAGGUCUUCAAACUAUUACAAAUCUUCGUAAUGAGAUAAUUAAAUCUUUAUCUCUGUAUUAUUAUACGUUUGUUGAUCUACUCGAUUUUAAAGACAAUGUUUGUGAACUUUUAACUACAAUGGAUGCUUGCGGUGUUCAUAUGGACAUAACGAUAAAUUUUGACUUAACAAAAGGUUAUUUGGAUCUUGUUGUUACAUAUGUCAGUUUAAUGAUUCUUUUAUCGCAAGUAGAAGAUCGCAAAGCAGUUUUAGGAUUAUUUAAUGCAGCCCAUGAAAUGGUGCAUAGUCAAUCUGAUCCAAGCUUUCCUCGUUUGGGACAAAUGAUAAUGGAUUAUGAUGCCCCGUUAAAAAAGCUCUCAGAAGAAUUUGUUCCUCAUUCUAAAUUAUUAAAGACUGCUCUUACCUCAUUGUGGCCUAUUUAUCCUGAAAGAAAUUUGUCUGCAGAUACAUGGAGAGCAGAUCAAAAACUAAGCCUUGUUGGAAGUCCUGGACAAAUACUUAAGGCAGCAGCAACAGAUACUAUGUCCUGUGAAACUUUGAGUUUGGAUAGAAUAGAAAGAUGGGUUAUUUUAGGUUUCACAUUGUGUCACUCUUUUUUAAAUCAGGAACAGCCAAGUAAAUUAUGGACCACAGCAUUAGAAUCUGGCUGGGUACUUGCUUUGUUUAGAGAUGAAGUUAUUUACAUACAUCAGUAUAUACAAACAUUUUUUGAAAGUAUAAAAGGAUAUAGUAAAAGAGUAUCUGAAGUGAAAGAAUGUUAUAAUCAAGCAGUGCAAAAGGCUGGUUAUAGACACAGAGAAAGAAGAAAAUUUUUAAGGACAGCAUUGAAAGAAUUGGGUUUAAUUUUAACUGACCAACCUGGUCUCUUGGGACCAAAAGCACUCUUAGUUUUAAUGGGACUUUCUCAUGCAAGAGAUGAAGUUUUAUGGCUUUUGCGACAUGGUGUUAAUCCUCCCACACAAGGAAAAGGUAAAGGAAGGGGAGGUGAAGAUUUAGUGGAUCGCCAAUUGCCAGAAUUACUGUUUCACUGUGAAGAAUUGAGAGCAUUAGUGAAAAAAUAUUCUCAAGUACUUCAGAGAUAUUAUGUGCAGUUCUUAUCUGGAUUUGAUGCCCCUGCAUUAGAUCAAAUGAUACAAAAUCUUCCAGUUUGUCCAGAGGAUGAAGGAGCGAUUCUUAGUGAUAUGUGUUCAAAGAUAGCUGGUCUAACAGUGAAACAAGUGGAAGAUAAUGAAUUGUUUGAUUUUCGAGCAUUUCGAUUGGAUUGGUUUAGAUUGCAAGCAUAUAUGUCUAUUGCAAAAUGUAAUAUGAAUUUAGCUGAUAAUAGAGAAUUAGCAUCUUUUAUGGAUACUGUAGUUUUUCAUACCAAAAUGGUGGAUAAUUUGGAUGAGAUGUUAGUUGAAACAUCUGAUUUGUCUAUCUUUUGUUUCUACAGCAAAGUGUUUGAAGAUCAAUUUCACAUGUGUUUAGAAUUUCCUGCUCAAAAUAGAUACAUCGUUGCAUUUCCUUUAAUAUGUAGCCAUUUUCAAAGUUGUACACACGAAUUAUGUCCAGAGGAACGUCAUCAUAUUCGAGAAAGAAGCUUAUCAGUCGUUAAUAUGUUUUUGGAUGAAAUGGCCAAAGAAGCUAAAAAUAUUAUUACUACUAUUUGUGAUGAGCAAUGUAACAUGAGUGAUAAAUUAUUACCAAAGCAUUGUGCAUUAUUAAUCUCUCAAGUUGUGAAUCGAAAGAAAAAAGAUAAAAAUAAGAAGAACAUGUAUGAAAUUCAUAAACCUGGUAUAGAAAGUUACAGAAAAACUAGAGAAGAACUUACUACAAUGGAUAAACUUCAUAUGGCAUUAACAGAGUUAUGUUAUGCCAUUAAUUAUUGUCCUACUAUUAAUGUAUGGGAAUAUACAUUUGCACCAAGAGAAUAUUUGCAUCAACAUUUAGAAUCAAGAUUUGCCAGAGCACUUGUUGGUAUGGUCAUGUACAAUUCAGAUACCAGUGAAAUAGCUAAACCAUCAGAAUUAUUUGUUAGUGUUAGAUCUUACAUGAAUGUCCUUCAGACAGUUGAAAACUAUGUGCACAUAGAUAUUACACGUGUAUUUAAUAAUGCACUUCUUCAACAAACUCAAGAAUUAGAUAGCCAUGGUGAUAAAACUAUUGCUGCUUUAUAUACACAGUGGUAUUCAGAUGUUUUACUAAGGCGAGUUAGUGCCGGAAAUAUUUGUUAUUCUAGCAAUCAAAGAGCAUUUGUUAGUUUAUCUGUAGAGGGAGCAAUACCUUUUAACGCAGAGGAAUUUUCUGAUAUUAAUGAAUUGAGAGCAUUAGCUGAAUUAAUCGGACCAUAUGGUAUGAAGAUGUUGAAUGAAAAUUUAAUGUGGCACAUAGCAAGUCAAGUACAACAGCUAAAAAAAUUAGUUGCUGGUAACAAAGAUGUUCUUAUUGCAUUGCGAACGAAUUUUGAUAAACCAGAAGUAAUGAAAGAACAGUUCAAAAGAUUACAGCAGGUAGAUAAUGUGCUGCAACGAGUUACGAUUAUAGGUGUAAUAUUAAGUUUCAGACAAUUAGCACAAUCUGCAUUGGUUGAUGUCUUGGAAGAACGUAUACCGUUCCUUUUAAGUUCAAUUUUAGAUUUUCGACAUCAUUUACCAUCUGGUGAUCCUAUGCGUGUUGUUUCUGAAAUGACAUCAGCUGCGGGUUUAACUUGCAAAGUUGAUCCAACAUUAACAGCAGCAUUAAGAAGUCAAAAAUCUGAAGUAGAUGAAGAUGAACAUUUACUCGUAUGUUUGUUAAUGGUUUUCGUGGCCGUUUCUAUUCCUAAAUUAGCUCGAAAUGAAAAUUCUUUCUAUCGAGCAUCCCUAGAAGGUCAUUCUAAUAACAUACAUUGCAUGGCAACUGCAAUAAAUAAUAUUUUCGGUGCAUUAUUCACUAUCUGCGGACAAAAUGAUAUAGAAGAUCGAAUGAAAGAAUUCCUUGCAUUGGCAUCAUCCAGUUUACUCAGACUAGGUCAAGAAGCAGACAAAGAAGCGAUUAAAAAUAGAGAAUCCGUAUAUCUUUUGUUGGAUCAAAUAGUCCAAGAAUCACCGUUUCUAACGAUGGAUCUAUUAGAAAGCUGCUUCCCAUAUGCUCUAAUACGUAAUGCAUAUCACGAUGUAUACAAGCUCGAGCAUUCGCAGCCAUAA